AUGUCGAGGCCAACCGUCACCGUCGUCUCUGCCAAGGGCGAGGUCACCCAGGACACCAUCCCCGUCCCCAAUGUCUUCAAGGCCCCAAUCCGCCCGGAUGUCGUCCACGCGGUGCACACUGGCAUGAACAAGAACCGCCGCCAGCCCUACGCUGUCUCUGAGAAGGCUGGUCACCAAACUUCUGCCGAGUCCUGGGGUACUGGUCGCGCUGUUGCCCGUAUCCCCCGUGUCUCUGGUGGUGGUACUCACCGUGCUGGUCAGGCUGCUUUCGGCAACAUGUGCCGCUCCGGCCGCAUGUUUGCUCCUACCAAGGUCUGGCGCAAGUGGCACCAGAAGAUCAACCUGAACCAGAAGCGCUUCGCUACCGCCUCUGCGCUCGCUGCUUCAGGAAGCCCUGCUCUUCUCCUUGCCCGUGGCCACGCUAUCAGCACCGUCCCCGAGGUUCCUCUCGUCGUCUCAUCGACUGCUUUCGCCGAUGCCGCCAUCAAGAAGACCUCCGCUGCCGUCGCUCUCCUCAAGGCCGUCGGUGCUGGUGCUGAUGUUGAGAAGGCCCGCAACUCGCGCAAGCUCCGCGCUGGUAAGGGUAAGCUCCGUGGUCGCCGCCACAAGCAGCGCCGUGGACCUCUUGUCAUCUACAACCCUGAUGAGGAUGGCAAGGAGCUUGUCCUUGCUUUCCGCAACAUCCCAGGUGUCGAGACCUCAUCUGUCUACUCCCUGAACCUCCUCCAGCUCGCCCCCGGUGGUCACCUUGGCCGCUUCAUUGUCUGGACCUCUUCCGCUUUCAGCGCCCUCGACAAGGUCUACGGAUCCACCACUGAGCCCUCAGCGCUCAAGAAGGACUUCCUUCUCCCAUCCCCCAUGAUGGCCCAGCCCGACCUCAGCAAGAUCAUCAACUCCAGCGAUAUCCAGAAGGUCCUCCGCCCCGUCCGUGGCGGAGCCGUUACUAAGCGCAGCCACACCCAGAAGAAGAACCCUCUCAAGAACUUCCAGGUGCAGCUCCGCCUCAACCCUUACGCUGCUACCUUCGCCAAGGAGAAGCUUGGCCAGAAGAAGAUCGAGGCUGGCAAGGCCGAGCCUGCCGCCGAUACCUUCUACGAGCUGCUCCAGGAUAACUAG